AAUCGAUUUUUUGAUUAUUAAAAUUGAUUUUUUUACAUAUUUUUUUUACAUGGGAAGGUACCCAUGUAAGGAACUGAGAGCAACUAGGGUUUAAUUGAUUUUGAUAAAUUUUUUACUUAUAAUCCAUUUUAAUCGAUUUUUUUCUGAUUAAUAAUCGAUUACAACGGCACGAUUUUAAUCAGAUUUUAAUCCGAUUUUUAAUCGUAAAAAUCGAUUACGUGGGGGAAAAUCGGACGAAAUCGAUUUUUAUGAUUAAAAAUCGGAUUAAAAUCUGAUAAAAUCGUGCCAUUUUAAUCGAUUAUUAAUCAGAGAAAAAUCGAUUAAAAUCUGAUUUUUUUCUAUUUUUUUUACAUGGGUAUUAAUUCUAGGUGACAUGAAUGAAGAUAGUUUUCAAACUAAAUCAAAAAAUAUUGAGAGAUCAUUGAAAAAUCUAGGUUUUGUAAAUACAUUUAGGCAUUUAGCUACUACUAAUAGCUUGACAAGUCUUGAUUCUGCAUAUGUAAAUUUUGUUCCAUGUGAAAAAGAAUGCCAACAAGUCAUAGAAACCUUUUAUAGUUUUCAUGAAGCAUUGGCUUUAUCAAUUAAUAGUAUCAAAGAUAAUGUACAUUAUGAUAUUGAAACUAAAGAUAACAGUGAUGAAAGAAUGGAAGAAAAAAAAAAUAAUAAAAAAUUUAAAAAUAAAACUCUUGUACCAGUUAUGGAUAAGAAUAAUGAUAAUGCGAAUCAUGAUCAAAAAAAUCCUGAUUCAACAAAGAUAACUGAUGUGAAUAAAUCUCCAAGCACGCGAGAGUUAAAAUUUCUUUCAAAUAUAAAAGAAACAGUACCGCUCAACAAAUUAACGAUCAGUGAUUUCAGAUUUCAUUCAUUAACCGAACAAUUAAGAGUUUUAAAUCUUCGUACAAUAAGGAUUAUUGGUGAUGGUAAUUGUUUCUUUCGGGCUAUAUCUGAUCAACUUUUUGCUACUCAAACUUAUCAUCGUAGAUUAAGAUCUGAUGCAAUUACGUAUAUUAGACGAAAUAGUGCGGCAUUUGAGUUUUUUGUCAGCGGUGAAGACAAUACUAUUGAUGAUUAUAUUUUUCGCAUGAAAAAAAAUAAUACAUAUGCAGAUCACUUGAUAAUUACGGCUACAGCAACUAUUUUGAACCAAAAUAUAAUCAUUCAUGAAUAUAGUAAACGUCCAUUGCUAAUACCUGGAUCUGAUUAUAUUGAUCGACAACUUCAUAUUGCAUACAAUCCAUAUAAUCAACAUUAUGAAAGUGUCAAACGUUUUGAUGGAACUAUUUCUAUUAUCUCCUUGAAUGAUUUACAACUAACCUAA